CUGGGGUCCGGCGGGGCUAUAGACGUUUACGUUAGCCGAAUAAAACGUUAAAAGAUGGACCCAAUGUUCAGUCCGCCGCUGCAUGUGCAGAGACAUCAAUUUGUUAUCGAUUUUGUCAAGAGGAACAAACCCCAAAAGGUGGUGGACUUGGGGUGCAGUGAGUGCAGCCUCCUCAAAAAACUGAAGUUUCACCGUGAAAUAGAACUGCUGGUUGGAGUGGACAUCAACGGUGCCCAAUUAAAAAGAAAGAUGCAUGGAUUAGCUCCUAUAUCAACUUACUAUCUGCAGCCAACUUAUGAUCAGCUGCGCAUUGAGCUGUACCAGGGCUCAGUCACACAGAAAGACGUCCGCCUCAGAGGAUUUGAUCUCGUGACCAGUAUAGAGCUCAUAGAGCACCUCACUCUUGCUGAUGUAGACCGCUUCUCUGAGGUGGUGUUUGGGUACAUGACCCCAGUGGCGGUUAUCGUCAGCACCCCAAACUCUGAGUUCAACCCCCUUUUUCCUGGACUGUCAGGUUUCAGGCACAGUGACCACAAGUUUGAGUGGACCAGAGCAGAGUUCAAGUCCUGGGCUCUUAAGGUGUGUUUGGAGUACGGUUAUGAGGUGGAGUUCACUGGUGUUGGACAGGCACCGCCAGGCCAGCAGGAGAGAGUCGGCUUCUGCUCCCAGAUUGGUGUGUUUCACCGGCUCGGGGGGAGAGAUGUCUACAACAUGUUGCUUGGUGAUGAUGCCGAGGAUGUGUUUUCUUACACACUGCUGUAUAGUAUAAACUACCCCAGCCUCCGUGACAACAACAUCUUGCGGAGGGUCCUGGUGAGUGAGGUGUUGUACUGGGCAGAAAAGCUGAAGAAAAGAUGGAUCGAGGCUGGCGAGCUGCAGACUGGCGAGAGGGACGACACUUACACACCGUGCCAGACUGAGGGACGAGGGGAGGAAUGUCUCAGAGCGUCAGAGCGAUGCAUGGAGAUGGAAGAGAAACAGACAGCAGCAUGUGGAGCAGAGAUGGAAAAUCCAGUGGAGCAAUGUGGCAGAGGUGUGUCAGAGGAUAAGGAAAGAGAGGAUGAAAAGUUGUUUUGGACAAAUGUCCAAGGACAACAGGAGUCUUGCAAAUUGCACAGGUAUGUGUCUGUACCUCUGGCUGUGCUGUGGUCCCGCUGCCCCAAAAUCUGUGCCCUGAGUGGAAAUCUCAGUAAUCUCCGACAUUUCCUGAUGGAGGCCCCUGAAGUUAAACUGAGCCAGGAUGGCUGGGCUGUGCUUGUACAGGACCAUGACCUUGAAGAAGAGGAUCACAAUUAUCUGGAGGACAGUGGGUAUGCAGAGGCCAGCCAGUGCUCCCACAGUGCUGAGCAAGAGGAAGCGUGGGGGACAAAUGUUUGAUCUGCAAGAUACAACUUUGUUGUCGGGACAAAGCACGCCAGGUGAAAUAAUUUCUCCGUCUCGUCUCUCAUCUCUACUCUCCGUGUGUGUGUGUGUGUGUGUGUGUGUGUGUGUGUGUGUGUGUGUGUGUGUGCGCGCGCGCGCGCGUGCAUGCUUCACUCAAUGACUGGUUGGCCACUAAACCAGUGCUUUUUUUUUUUUUGUUCAAAUUGAGUAAGUGGGGCGGGGCAUCCUGUCUGUGGGAGGGAGCGAGUCAUCAACGAUGGUUACUCAGCUCUGCAGAUCAACCACUGUGCAUUGCAGUUUUUCAUUCAUUUCCUCAUCAACGAGCUAUGUAGAUUCCCCCAAUACAACUACUUAUUCCCAAUAUUGUAUUGUAGGCUACAGAAGUUAUGCUGCUUUUCUAAGCUCACAAGAGACAUUUCUGAAAUUGCAAGCACACUUACAAAAUGCAGACGUAAUGCAAUCCGAAGGAAAUCCUGUGGCCUCAUUGAAAGGCAUCAGUAAUUAUUGUAAAGUACCUACAACGCAAUAAGGCACUGCACACAUAACUGGCUGACGAUCUGUCAUGACUACAAGGGCAAGUGCAUUCCAUUUAAAUUUCCCCCGCCCACUUUCCUCCAUGUGACCUAUGCUGUUACGUAAUACCAAGGGCUGAGGGUAAGUGAAUCGAUUUCCUCAUCUAAGUCAGCAAGAAAGUGAACCAAAAUGUCGAACUAUUCGUUCAAAAACCUGAAAAUCAAUACAGAUAAAGUACAACAUGCUACCUUGUCUGUUGGCCAAAUAUAAAGUGCACCGUAAGCCAUAAAAGUACUUCAAACCAUCCCCAGUCUUCAGUAUGAAAAGCAUGAUUCAUAGUUGGACAUUUUUAGAUCCCACAAACACAAUGACUAACAUUUUUAUUUUUUAAGAGCCCCUCUUGACACCACAUAAUAAUAAAACCACAGAUACUCUUCUGCUGUUCUGCCUCACAGCUUUUUACUGCAUGACAGCUGCUUCCUGAAAUAUGACACAGGUCUCAGGUGUGAUUGUUAACUUCCCUAAAACAACUUACUGCUACUCUAUUUUGUACUCAUUGCCUACAAUAAAAAACAUAUGACUUGCUGA